AUGAACGGAGAUCAUUCUCUUAUCGUUUCGUCCAAGCAGCAAAAAUCAAUACAUUUCAACGCCUUUGCAGCUAGACUAGCAAAGGACAGUCUUGCCAAGAUAUCGGCGAAUGGUUGCGUUAAUACGAGCCUUGACAACGGUGCAGUGAAAAUGUUGGAGGCGAAAAUAGAAACUCGGAUGUGCAUCGAGUGUGGCAGUGGCUUUUUGGGUGGUGGUGCUGCUGAAGUGUGCGACACGUGCUCAGGUGUAGGUGGAGCAAUGCAAAUGGGAGUUGGACUUGUAUGCCCACUAUGCUCAGGCAUUGUUAUCAAUCAUAGUACAGCUCGUGUAUGCACAUCAUGCAAAAAGUUUGUACAUCGGGAAUGCGAUAGAUCUGAUGUUAAUAUGGCUGAAUUUGUAUGUGCGUCGUGCCGAAGAUCACCACUGGUUGGUGAUAUUAUGCUUUCUGCAGCAAUCGGACCAGCCUCUCCCUUGGGUGCCGAAUCUGAUUCCAUCACGGUCCCUUCGUCAACGUCCGCUUCUGACAUGACGCUCAAUCCCUUCCGUUCGAGUUCCCCGGUCACUGCUAGCACUGUUGUCCCAGACUUCAACGUGGAUGUGUACAACAUGUCCGAAGGGAUUUCUUCUCCAGCUACCACGAGCGAUUCUGCGCGAAAUUCUCCAUUUUAUCCUGAAAAUUCUCCAUCUGACGUGGAUGAGGAUUUCGUUCCCGGAAGCUCACGUGGUGGUUAUACUUCUCGAGGUCGAGGUGGGGCGAAGAAGAAGCCUGGUCGUGGUGGUUCCUCUAAAACAAGAGGAGCAAAACCACCAGGUGAUGGAUCAUCGAUAUUUCCUCCAUCGACACGAGGGAAACGCGGAAAACGUGGGUCAAAAGUGAAUGGAAUAGGAAAAGCUCCUGGCACAGGACGGGGCCGAGGCAGAGGACGUGGAGCAAACUCACAUCUGCAACAGAGCGCUGUUCUGCAACAAAUUAUAAUGCAGCAGCAACAACAACAACAGCAACAAUUGCAGAUGCACCAGCAGCAGCCGCUGAUAAGAGAGGUGGAUGAGACAAUGCUGGAAAGAGAUGAAGACCGAAAUCUCCGGACUGACGAUGAAUAUGUCCGAACAGCCAUUAUUUGCGAUUCGCAGGACCAGUACCUUCAACAGUCGAGCAUUUGUCUUAUAUGCGGUGCUGUUGGAAAACCUCACACCCAAGAAAGUUCUAUGGUUGCAUGUUGCAAUUGUGCUCAGACCUUCCACACUUACUGCGUCGGCUUGCAUGAUAAGUUGAAUCAGGCUGUUGUCAAUCGAGGUUGGAGAUGUCUUGAUUGCACGAUAUGUGAGGGCUGCGGAGAGGGCAAGGAUGAGUCAAAGCUGCUUCUUUGUGAAGAGUGCGACGUCUCUUUCCAUAUUUAUUGCCUAUCUCCACCUCUUGACCGCAUUCCUAAUGGUCCUUGGAGGUGUCAUUGGUGCGCACGAUGUCGUCGAUGUAACAUAAGGGUCACCUCUGGCACAGACUUAACUCGCGAUGGGCUAUGCACGACGUGUGGGUCUCUGAAGAAGUGCCCGAAAUGUUCUAAACACUACACUAUUGGCGAGAAGAUCAUUAAAUGUAGUGCAUGUGCUCGAUGGUACCAUGGAACAUGUGAGGACCUUUACAACGAUGAAAUGUUGGAGUCAGCAUCGGCCAACAAAAUGCGUUGCUCGGCGUGUAGACCAAACAGCAGGACAACAUCUGCCUUGAUGGGAAUAAGUGACCACUCCAGCCUUCUCAUAUGUGAUAAUGUUGCCUUGAACAAAUCUGCUGAGGAGGUGCUGCAGUCGCGUUUUAUGCCGAGCCUUUUUCGACCUAAUCCUAUGGAUUCAUUUGGCUACCGAUCAGAAAGCUUCGAUCACUACGGCUUGGAAGAUGACUACUUGCAAGAAGAAAUAGAAAUGCUUUCGAGCAGCGGUCGCGGCCGUGGCAUGGGUCGAGGUGGAGGACCAGGUCGAAGAGUUCCGAAACUCGAUGGCAAUAAGAAGCAGAAAAGGCCACGAAAACCGCGUCGAAGUCAGCUCGAAGACGCUUAUCCUCCUGCUAUUCAAGAAGGGUUUUUCGGAAUGCGGCCUGUCGAAGGAAAAGCGUUGAUAGAUGCUGUAGUAGAAGAACCAUCACUGGCUGAAUACGGUAAAGGAAGAACCACUACCGCUACUGAAGCAGUUGGUCGGGGGCAUGAACUUUCUCAUGAGGCUACUGAACAAUUGAAGAAUGAUUUGACGGAAGUUGACAUUCUCGAAAACCUGGACAUUGGAGAAGUCGACCUUGAUAACAUGGACAUGGAUUUCACCAACUGGAUGGAAGAUGAUGAGGAUGACGACUUUGAUGAUAGCUUGAAUGAUGCCUUCGACAUUGUGAAAGCUGACGGCUUCGAACCAACAACUAGCAGUGAUCUUGCGUCAACGCCUUCAUCUUCUGUACCAACCGGUCCGACAACUUUUCCAAACGACGUGACUAACAUUACUGUGGCACCGGCUACGCCAGCGUAUUUGCUGCCGAACAACGCUAAAUCGUUGUCGCGAAGUAGCAGUCAAAUGGACGGGGUAGAGAGAAAUAAUCCUACUACAGAAAGGUGGGAAGAAGACGAACCUCUGGGUAGUCAGGCUACCAAAGCUGCUGUUCUUUAUGCCAACGAAAAGCACGCCUACCUUAAGGAGAAGUACCCCGACUGGAAUGACCGCGUAAAACACAUUCAACGCUUGUGGCGAGUAUUGGAUACGGAAAAUCGCCAAGACUUUGUUAGUCGAGCCAGAGAAAAUCGUGCGAAUCGCGGGAAACAACCACGAGUGAAACGUGUCGUGUACAAGCAUGCUGCUGCUGCUGUGGAUGAGCGGUUCAAAGUGCCUAACAUACCAGGCGGUUCACAGAUGCGCCCUGACUUCUACAACCCUGAAAUGGGCGGCCAAAUACCACCAGAAGUUCCAGUUCAGCAAAUCCGAUCGACGGCUCAUUUGACGCAACCGGUACUAGAGCAAUACGAGCUGAUGCGAACACGAACUCUUGAUUUGCAAAAGCAUCAACAGGUCAUCGAGUCGGAUUUAAAUAGAAUGCGGAAGCAGAAGAAAAACCUCGCAGCAAAAAGGCGGCAGAUGAUGAAAAGCGCUGGAACUGAUGCAGAUGGCAAACAAAUACCUGUGGAUUUGAAUGAGCAAGAUAGGAUGGCGCUACAAAUUCUCUUGGAGCAAAUCCCUUCCCGUCAAAAAGACCUGGAGUCGUGUAAGCGCGAUCUCAAGACUCAUCUGGCUACGGUGUACGAAUUCGAGCAUAAAUGGAACAUUGUGCGUAAUGUCGAGCCAGCAGAUGCGAUGCGAAUGGCUAUGGCUCAACGAGCUGCUGCUGGAGGUGCCCCUCAACCUGCAGCCCCAGGAAGUGCUCCAAUGCCUGGAACACCGCUUGCAUCACCGACACCAAUGCCCGGCGCUUCAACGCAGUUUCAUCCACAAAUGGCGAGCUCGUCGCCUCAAUUCCAACAGAUGCGAGUUCCUCAACAGGUUCCUUACGGUGCUGUAUGUGGCCCACCACCGCAGGAAAUGUUGCAGCGCCCUCCGAUGCAAGUUCCUCGACCUCACAUGUGGACUCGCGUGCCAGCACCUGUGCUUGGCGGCAUUCUUUAUGAGCGGUUACAGACUUCAUUCGAGAAGGAAGUUUACGAGUGUUUGGAUGACGUUGUCAGUCGAGUGUCAAUGCACUUUGACGGGCGCGAUCCCGCCCGGGAAGGUUCUGGAAUGCUAAAGAGGUUGCUCGAACCUGCGAUUGGGCAGCAAAUGCCUUCUAUGGGCCCUGGUCCUCAAGGUCCACCAAGUCACUUGAUGGACCAGCUGGAACCUCCGAGGCCGAAGAAAAAACGAACGCAGCAAAAGAAGUUUGAAUCGGUGGGAAUGGGCAACGAGUAUGAUCUGAUGGUGGAGCGCGUGAACACUCAGCUGAGGCUAUGUGAGCAGCUGCCAAAACGAGCCAUGGAACCGGCGCCACGCAAUCCCGGCGCAGCUUUUGCUACGAUGGGUAUCAGUGACUUGCCCGAUAGAAGGGACAAACGAGCACUGGUUGGAAAAGAGUUUGGCAAUCUAUCUUUGUCAUUUGUUGAUGACUAUUAUACUGGCAAAGGACGUGAUACGGAAUGCUUAGAAAUGCUGAGCCUUUCUAUGUCCGAUCUGGCUCCACAGGCUAAUCUUUCAGCUCUUACAAGCUUACCACCGCCUCCGGUCUACGAAAUGGUCGUGGACCAAGAAGAUGCAGCCUUUGGUUCCUUUGAUCAGUGGACGGUAUUCGCCAAUUCGCUUGAUCGUCAACCAUGUUCGAGUCAUAUGCGUGUCGCAAGUAAAAUCCCAGAAUUCACUAUUCCGCUGGAACCACGCAGGAAGGUCUUCAGCAUGAAACCAGAAACCGUUGAAGAGGUGGAAGUGUCAUUGGUUGUAAAAGAAGAAACGUCGCUCCCACCAGGCACCGGUGUUGCAGCAUUAUUCGAGCAGCUGAGAUCUAUUCUUGGUGUUGAGCAACCGAUUGAAUAUCAGUUGGAUACACCACCGCUCUCACCAGAACCAUCUACAAAAUCUGAAGUUGUGGAUAACGUCAAACGAGAACCACCGGAUGCAACGCAACUUCCCGCUUCUGGUGGAAGAUGUCGCGCUUGUGAUCGAAGCAUGGAAGCUGUCCUUAUACAACAAACAAUGAGCCAGCUUGGAUUAACACCGAGUGAUGACGAGAAGGACGACACAGUAUGUUUCUGUUCAAUGAAGUGCUACUAUCAGUUCGUUGCUGCAAGCAAGGUAGCGUUGUCACCAGAUCAACUCACUGCUGCCGAGUCCCACGUCGACGAAGAAACUCUUGCAAAACUACGGCAAAUAAGCGCUGAAAGUUUUGCCAAGUGCAUCAACCAGGGAAAGAUGCGUAUGGAGCUACCGGCUGCUCCAGCUGUACCUCCAGAUGCGUUUUUGACAUCUCCCCGAGAUACACGAUAUGUCAUGGAUGAAGGUCGCCGAGAUAACGUCCAGAUUAUCCGAGUUGCUGACUUAGCAACAAUUCAAGAUGCAGCUCAGCGAAAGGAUACUAGUCGAUCUCCAGGAGAUGAUUGGAAAGCAUAUAGUCGCGAGUUGUUGCAUUCGUUCUUCAGAAUUCAGCAAACCAAACACGAACUGGCUUUAUCGCCAAAGGUGGGUGUUGGUUUGGGAACAUCGGUUGAACUCGAUCGACGCGUAUGUGUGCUCUGUGGCGGCGUCGGUGAUGGUGAUCCAGCGCUUUGCGGACGAUUACUCAAUCUGAGUGCUAAUCUCUGGGUGCAUGUGAAUUGUGCCAUGUGGAGCACUGAGGUGUUCGAAACGACAUCUGGAGCACUUCUUCAUGUGGAUCGUGCCAUUGUUCGCGCUGCUGGUGUGAUUUGUCAUUUAUGUGGACGAGUAGGUGCAAGCGUUCAGUGCCAUAAGAUGGACUGCAACGUGAACUUCCAUCUUCCAUGUGCUGCAAAAAUUCAGACAGCAAAAUUCGUUAAGGACAAGACCUUCUUCUGCACGAAACAUCCUGAAAUCAGCCCUGAAGUUAUGGUAACUUCGUUAGAAGCACUUCGACGGAUAUACAUUGAAAGGGAUGAGAACGCCUUCUUGUCGCGACUAUUCGAUUAUUCGGACUCAUGCGCGCGACUCUGUCUGCGAAUCGGUGCCUUGUGUUUCUUCCAAGUUGGGCAGCUUCUUCCGGAACAACUGAAAACAUUCCACAAUGCAACCCAUAUAUUCCCAAAUGGAUACCAUUCCUCACGAUGGUUUUGGUCACCCACUGAUCCACGAAAGCGCGAGCUCUACAAUUGUCAAAUCAAGGAUGUUGAUCAUCGUCCAAAGUUUGUCGUUUCCCAUGAGGGUCACACCUAUGAAGGAGAUACUGCUACUGAGGCUUGGUCACAAGUAACGAGUGCUGUGGAGCGAAUACGGUCGCAAGUGGAUGCUUUACGGUUCGUGGCAAAAGGAAUUCAAGGGGAAACGCUGUAUGGAUUGAACGAGUCGGUGAUCAGCAAGAUUACGGAAUCGUUACCUGGUGUUGACGGUUUGUUCACCUAUACGUUUCGACAUCCGAACAGUCCGCUUCUGGAUUUACCGCUUGCUGUGAAUCCUUCCGGUUGCGCUCGUUGUGAGCCACGAUUCCGCACUCUUAUCAAGCAUAAGCAACGUGCGCUCGCCAGUGCUCCUUCAACAAGUCGCUCUGCGCAAGACGGUAGUUCAACUAGUAGUGGUAGAACGCGAGGGCGCAUCGCUACUUCGUUCACUGAUGAGCUGGCCGCUGCUCAAAUGCGAGCUAUGUUGCAAGCUUCUGGUAUCGGAUCUGAAUGGGCUUUAGCGCUGAGUGGUAGGGAGCCGUUCACGAGCAACUCACAGAGCUACACCUUAUAUCAGAAGAUGAGAAAGGAUUGGCGUCAAACGGUGUAUUUGGCCCGGUCAAAAAUUCAGGGACUCGGGCUUUACGCUAAGCGGGACAUUCAUAUGGGUGAUAUGAUUAUCGAGUAUAAGGGUGAGGUUAUAAGGAGUGAGGUGGGAGAAAUGCGUGAAAAGCGGUAUGUGGCACAGAAUCGCGGCGUAUACAUGUUCCGAAUCGACGAGGACUUGCUUGUCGAUGCGACGAUGGCCGGUGGUCCAGCACGGUAUAUCAAUCAUUCCUGCGAUCCUAAUUGUUCGACCCGAAUACUUGCUGCGGGACCAUAUCCAGAAGACAAAAAGAUCAUCAUCACUGCUAAUCGUCCCAUAAAGGCGCUGGAAGAGCUGACAUACGAUUACCAGUUUGAGCUGGAAGAUACUACAGACAAGAUACCUUGUCUAUGUGGAGCGCCGAACUGUGUGAAAUGGAUGAAUUAG